GUCAUCAUAACUACAUAGAUUCAAGAGUAUACAAGUCCUCUUCUCGCUAUCUCGACUUAACAACUGCAUUUGAAGUCAGGUGUAAAAAUACAGCCGACUAAAAUCGCAUUUGUCGCAUGAUGUCUGUUGACUACCAAGGUACGAAAAUUCCAACAUGUUAUGCUACUUGCAGUAUCGGACAUAAGGAAUCCCACACGCUUCCCCUGAAGCUCAAGGCAAUAGCGGAUGCCGGAUUCGACGCCAUCGAACUGUCUAUGCCAGAUAUCUUGGCUUAUGGUAAGAUGCUCUAUGGUCAGGAACUAGACCCUAAAGAUUACGACGCACUAGUCGAGAUUGGAAAGACGAUCAAAACGCUGGUGGAAGAGCAUAACCUCAAGAUUUUGAUGCUGCAGCCUUUUGCCAACUUCGAGGGCUGGCCGAAGGAUAGCGACGCAAGGAAGGACGCGUUUGAGCGUGCCGAAGGCUGGAUGCGUAUCAUGGAAGCUGUGGGCACGGACAUGUUGCAAGUAGGAUCAUCCGAUGCGCCCGGGAUAUCGUCGUCCAUUGAUGACUUAGCUGGCGACUUGGCCGAGCUGGCGGAUAUGUGCGUCGCCAGAGGGCAGCGCAUCGCGUACGAGAACUGGUGCUGGGCUACGCACGCUCCGAGCUGGAAAGACGUAUGGCGUAUCGUCGAGAAGGCCGACCGGCCGAAUCUCGGUUUGUGUCUAGAUACCUUCCAGAGCGGUGGCGGCGAGUGGGCAGACCCGACCACAAAGUCUGGAUUAGUUGAGGAUAUCUCACGGGAGGAACUCGAAGCCAAGUGGAAGCAGAGCCUGGCCGAACUAAGCAGAACAGUCCCGCCUGAGAAAAUCUACCUCUUACAGAUUUCGGAUGCCUACAAGAUGGAACCCCCCAUAGAAGCCAAGGCCAAUAAGAAGGGGCUACGACCAAGGGGCCAGUGGAGCCAUGAUUACCGGCCGUUACCUUACGACGGGGGCUAUCUUCCUGUUGAAGACUUUCUAAAGGCUGUACUUGGGACUGGGUUUAGAGGCUGGUUGUCUAUCGAAGUGUUCGAUGGCAAGGGACCGGAGAAGUACUCUGAUAUGCAUGAAUUUGGCGAGAAGGCCAUGUCUUCACUUGUGAGGCUAUUGAAGACAUAGAUGUAAUUGAAAUAGGGGUAUUGCAUAGCAUGUUAUACUGGCUGCUCUAUAUUCUUCAACGGAUCGAUAAAUCCGCGUGCUGAUUAUAGGUCUUGAAUAUAAGAUCAAAGUUAUACAAGGACAAGAGAUAUCGAAGCGCCUUGUUAUUAGCCAUAUCUUCCCAUGGUCUUUACUAUAUUGAUAAUAAGAUAGUACCUUCGAAGAGCUGAAUGUUCCUCGUCACGAUUCCAAGCUGUUAUUAGAGUUUAUGUAUUCUUGACUAUGGGUCACUAUGAAUUUGAAGAGGCUUAGGGCUGAAGCUUGCCUAGCCGACUUCGUGGAAGCAAUAAAUAAUAGUGGUAGAAGCCCUCGAG